GAUUUUUACCUUCCUUCCCCUCCCGAGGAAACAGAAAAAAGCCUCUCCAGUUCUCCCAGCACCUCACUAGAGAGGCUUACCAGUUGCCAACCUGCCAUGCCAUUGAGAGUCCCAGAUCCAGGCGAGCUCUCUGUCUCCUCAGCAGAGCUCAGCAAAUCCAAACUGUCUCCUAGCAGGGAGCUGAAGGGCUUUAGUGUUAUUCAUCGGAGACAAAUAGGUCUUUCCAAUCCAUUUCGGGGUCUGCUGAAGUUGGGGACCCUGGAACGUCGAGGAGCUAUGGGCAUCUGGAAAGAGGUUUUCUGUGAGCUCUCACCUCUAGAGUUGCGGCUAUUUGUAGACUGUGAGAAGCGAGCAUGUGUAGAAAACUGUUCUCUGCUGAGAUGUGAGUCCUUAGGACGGGCUCACAGUGAUGGGCGCUUUGAGCUGGUCUUUUCCAACAAACGAUUGUAUCUUCGGGCUUCCUCUCGGGAUGAAGCAGAGGACUGGUUGGACCGGCUGCACGAGGCCCUGAAAAAGUAUAGGCUACAGCAGGAUGAAGGGUGGGAAACUCUAGAGUGCCCUGAGGCUGCAGAGGAUUCUGAGGAUUUCUUUGGAGGUGGACCACCUGGUGACUUGCCUUCCUUCUCGGUGUAUAGUAGAACUGGCCCAACUGAGUUGGACUGGUCAUGUGCCUUGAAACCCGAGUUAGAUGCAGUCAAGGAAUCAGUCCUGUACUUGGAAGUUGAAAAAACAUGGGUCCCUUUGGUAUUCUCCUUGUCCUUAGAAGCCUUGAAAUGCUUCAAAGCCAGAAAUGAUAAAAAGAUACUGUACAACAGCUUUGGAAUUGAGACCAUCCAGGAUAUCCUGCCAGAUGUGAGCCUGGGUGGACCUGCAUUCUUCAAGAUCAUCACUUCAAAAGCAGUGCUGAAGCUGAGAGCUGAGAACGCAGAGGAGGCAACUGAUUGGCGAGACCUGGUCCGCCGAGUGCUCAUGUCCUACCUGGAAAUGGCUGAGGAGGCCCUCACACUUGGAGGCAAUCUGGAUGGCAAUUCACAGGCAAUCCUGAAGAAUACUGUUAAGGAAAAUGGAUACUUGCUGCAGUAUCUGGUUGCCAUCCCCAUGGAGAAAGGCCUGGACUGCCAAAGUUUCAUAUGUGCAGGCUGCUCCAGGCAGAUUGGUUUCUUCUUUAUGAAGCCUAAGCUGUGUUCAUUCACCGGCCUCUAUUACUGUGACAAUUGCCACCAAGAUGAAGAGUCUGUGAUACCUUCACGUCUAAUUCAUAACUGGGAUCUUUCCAGAUAUCCGGUAUGCCCUGUUAUGCCAAAAAGGGUUCAAAAUCAACCCUUGAUUGACCUGAAGCUGGUGAAUGAAACCCUCUAUGACCAUGUAGAGCAAAUGAAGCAGAUCUAUCAGAAUCGUGAGCAGCUGAAGCUCCUGGGUGAUUACCUUGUCCUUUGUCGCAGUGGCGCCCUGAAGGAGAUCAGUAAGAGGCUUGACCACCGGCACUAUCUCCUGGAGUGUCCCCAUAAAUACAGUGUGGCUGACCUGAGACAGGUAGGAGAUCUGGAAAAAAGGAAAUGUUUCAAUCUAGAAGCAGGUGGAAAUUCAGUUCAAGAAAAUAAUACCCAUUUCUUCACCCCCUAAGCUGGAUCCCUCAAAAUCACAGCCUAGCAACCUUCCAUACAAAUUAUUUGAUGCACCAUGAGAUGUUGCAUCACUCAGUGCAGAGCAGGAAGCAAGAAGCUUUUGAGAGCUGGUCUGUGCGUGUACAGAUGCAAUCUUUUCCUGUCGUAACUUUGUCCUAUCUGAAGAGUAUAGCAAAUAAAGACAGCUAAGCUCUCCAAGAAUUAUCUGGCCAAUUCGCUUCUGCUCACUAAUUGUUUUUCCUAGUCCUGUAUAUUGCAAAAUGUUUGGUAGUUGCAUUGGAUCUGCAUCAGUGGUGGGAUUCAAACAUUUUUUUACUACUGGUUCUGUGGGCGUG